GGAAAGCAGCCCAUGCGUCAAAAGACGUGCGCACCGCUGCCCGACGGCCGCGAAUGGGCAGCAGCGAUGACGCAUUGAUGCGCAGAAACAGGCCGGAAGAGGAUGCGCCUCCUCGCUGCCGCGGCGCUUCUGUCGACGACGUGCAGUCGCCUCUACACGCCGCGCCUCUUCCCGCCGCGCCCGGAACCGCCGCUCCCACCACUAACGAAGGAGGCCUGCGACCGCCAGGCCCGCGACGAGCGGCGGGCGCGGCAAUACUCUAAUACCACGUGCGCACCGCUGGUGGACGGUGGUUGCGCAACGAGCUGCUGCCGCACGGGUGCCGAAGAAGAUACGGCGCGCGCCCGGCGCUGGGUCGCGGCCCGAAGCUAUAUCGUCGCCUCUCUGGCCACGUCAGAUCCGGCGUGCGCCGCGCGCGCGACGGUCGAGAACCUGCUCGCGCAUACGACGGACGUCUUAGUCGUCGUGCACCGCGGCUGCGGGUCGGAACGCUUCACUCUAUCCGAUGCUCGCGUCGUGCUAAACCCGGUCUGCGUCCCCACGCGACGGGCCUACGGGUCGCUGCUGCACGCCCACCUGCGCAACGUGCUGUACGCGAAAACAACGUUUUCAAAACCUCCGACGCACGUCCUCCUGACGGCGGCGAAUUUGUACUGGAUCGCGCCCGGCGUCGAAAGUUAUAUCCGCGCCGUCGGUUCGAGCGUCUACGGCGCGCCGCGGGUCGCCCCGCCCGCGACCCACCCGCCGGAUUUAGAUCCGGACUGGGCCUCCAUCGUGAGACGCCUGCCGUCCGAGGGCGCGCUCCAGCAAAAACACGAGGGGAGCUUCUACCCCUGGGCCGCGGCGGCGCACAUGGUCCACACGAUCGACUUGAACCGCCUGAACCACCGCUCCUGCUUCUGCGGCGGUUUUUGUAUCGAAGAAUAUUACCUGCCGAACCUGUUCUAUCUUCUGGAGAAGGACCGCUUCCCUUCGGGAAUCGACGCGGCCUGCUACGCGCGAGCCAAUCCCGAUUUAAGACCGGGCUACUGCGUCGAUGGCGAGUGCGACGCGCGGGGGCUAAGAAGGCACUGGGACGACUUCGGACGGUGCGAGGGCCGCCCGGUCGCGUGUCCUCCUACGACCAUGGAGUCUCCAACACUCAAAGCGCGCGUCACGGUCUUCUACAACGUCUUCGCCAAGGCCACGGGCGCGGCCGCGGCCAUCGUCGCCGAGCAGAUGAGCCAGUUACGAGAGGCGCCGCUCUGGCCGUUCAUCGAGGAGGUGCGCUACGCGACGAUCGGUCCGGACGCCGCCGUAGCCGCCGAGGUCGCGAAGCACUGUACGGACGUAACGUGCGUCCACCUCGGCCACGACGCGGCGGGCAGCGAGCUGAAUAGUUUGGAACCGCUCCACGCGUAUUGCGUCCAAAACCCGGAGGCGUCCGUGGCCUACCUCCACGACAAGGGCUCGUUCCACGAGUCGCCGCGCAACGCCCGGCUGCGGCGGGUUCUAUUACGGGGUCUGGCGUCGCGGCCGUGCGCCGCCGCGAUCACGGCUCCUAGUGCUUGCGACGUCUGCUCCAGUCGCUUCGCCGUAACGCCCCACCAGCACACGUCCGGGAACAUGUGGCUCGCGAGAUGUUCGUACGUUCAACGGCUCCACGCGCCGCGGGACUUCCGGCGACGGAUGGAGCUCCAUUAUGGGAGAAAAAAGGGCGGCGAGGCCUGGCCCCUGGGGACCUGGCGCUUCGCCUACGAGCACUGGGUCCACUCGCACCCGUCGUUACGGGCGUGCGACGUCCUCGAUCACGAAUUCCAGGAGGGCUACGGGAACCUGCCCCCGACGGAUUUUGAGAUCUCGUUCGCGCUGGCGCCGCGGUAUAACAGAGGCCACGCGUUCUUCGCCGCCGCGACGGCCUUCCGCGGGCGGCCGGCGGCGUUCUCCCUCGACGACCGCAUCCCGGAGAUGGAGCGCGAGUGGCGCGCGCUCUACAACGCGACGCCUCCACCACUAUCGCGGCUCCGGACCUACUACGGCGGCCGGGCCUGCGUCGCUCCCGCGCCGGCGGCGGGCGGCGGGCGGCGCGACGACUUCCUGUUCGCGGGGACGGUCGCGAGUCGCGACCGGGUCCUGCGGAGGGAGGUCGGACGCACGAAGUUCGCCGUCAAGCACCGCGCGCACAACGUCAGCUGCGCGCGGUCGGGGAUUAGUUAGGCCCGUUUUUUACAUCGCCCUUAACUAGCUUUUUGCCUGGGCGGCGGGACCCUGCG